GGUACCAAGUUCUCCAGAUGUUAUAUGAUGUUUUGUUUGAUGUUGCCUGCUGCUGUGUUCUCAUAUGUACAUAAUCUCCUGAGGCUAUCAGAUGUAUUGUUCAAAACAAACAAAUGUUCCGGCAUGAAUAUAGUGAUGUGGGAGUUCCCAAUUCGAUUCUUAGUUGAGGUGCCCAGUCUUAUUAAGGCGUUACAUGGGUUUCCUGUGACCCUACGGGACUCAGUUGUAAGUCCUCCAAGGCGACUGCCACUGUGGAUAAAAGCUUAUGAGGGGGUUUGGUCACGCCGUCAUCAGAACCCCAGCUCUUCAGUGGCCUUCCCCAUACCUUGUUCUCCCGCGAAUCGCACAGCAGAUACAAGACGGUCGCUGAAGCUGAAGCCAGCGCCUUCAGUUAUUCUGCUUAUUGUGCGGCUGAAGGUGACGAUGGGUGGCGGAUCGUUGGGGUGCUGGAGUUGUGCGUGCAGUAUGAGCGCGGUGUGUCUGGUGUGCGGUCUGCUGCUGGCUCUGGUGUGUGUGAGUUGUCUGCCUCCACCGUGUGACAGUGAUAUCUACUGCUAUGGAGACCUGCUACAUGUUGUACAGAUGUCAAAUAUAUUCCCUGACUCUAAAACAUUUGUGGACAUGAAAAUGAAGUAUUCUAAGAAUGAGACAUGGCAGAGUUUUAGAGAACUGAUGAGCAGAACUGAUAAUAACCCAAACAGAACAGACAUUUGGAAAUUUGUGAAUGAAACUUUUGAUCCACCAGGCAGUGAAUUUGAAGACUGGGACCCUGUAGAUUGGACUAAUCAUCCCAAGUUUUUAGAUAAGAUCAAAGAUCCUGAUUUGCAGGAGUGGGCAAGACAUCUCCAUCACUUUUGGAAAAAACUCGGUAGAAAGAUGAAAGACGAAGUGCGUGAUAAUGAAGAACUGUACUCCAUCAUCUAUGUCCAGCACCCUGUGAUCGUACCAGGGGGACGUUUUCGGGAGCUCUACUACUGGGACUCGUAUUGGAUAGUUCGGGGUCUGCUGCUCUCUGAAAUGUACGGUACCGUUAGGGGCAUGCUAGAAAAUUUCCUUGGCAUGGUCAAGAAGUAUGGCUUCAUUCCAAAUGGCGGGCGUAUCUAUUACUUGAGACGAUCCCAACCACCUCUGCUGAUACCAAUGGUGAAGAGCUAUCUGGAUGCAACAAAAGACAUUGGAUUUCUGAGCAAAAACAUUGGCAGCAUGGAAGAGGAAUUUCAGUACUGGAUGAAAAAUCAUUCAGUGACAGUUGCUAAGGAUGGAAAAAGUUACAGCCUGGCUCGUUACUCUGCUCCAUCAUCUGGACCUCGGCCAGAGUCAUACAGGGAGGAUUAUGAAAAUACUCGGGUGCUCAUAACGGAAGCUGAAAGACAAGAUCGCUACACACAGCUGAAGACAGCUGCAGAGUCAGGCUGGGACUUCUCCACACGUUGGUACAUCACAAAUUCUACAGACAGAGGGGACCUGAGUAACACCAUGACACAGCACAUUGUCCCUGUAGAGCUGAAUGCCAUACUCUACUGGAAUGCCCUUCUCCUGUCAGAGUUUUUUGAUGCCCUAGACAUGCCCAACAAGACAGUUGAAUACAGACACUUGGCAGACUCGUGGCUGGAGGCAGUGGACAAUGUUCUUUGGCAUGAUGAAAUGGGGAUAUGGUUGGAUUAUGACCUAAUCAAUGGAAUAAAGCGGAAUUACUUCUACCCAACAAACCUGGCCCCUCUGUGGACUGGCUGCUUCAAGAGAAAGAAGUUACAGGUUGGCAAAAUUAUGAAGUACCUAGAGCGGUCACAGAUCAUGAUGUUCUUGGGGGGAAUUCCCACUUCAUUAGAGCACUCUGGUGAGCAGUGGGACUAUCCCAAUGCUUGGCCACCACUCCAGUAUAUUGUGAUCAUGGCUCUGGAAGCUACUGAAGACAUCUGGGCACAGAAUCUUGCCGUAGAAGUUGCAAGGCGGUGGGUUCGCUCCAACUUUAAGGCCUUCAAUGAAUCACAUGUUAUGUAUGAAAAGUACGACGCAACAUUUCCUGGUGGACAUGGCAGUGGUGGGGAAUAUGAGAACCAGAUUGGGUUUGGCUGGACAAAUGGAGUGAUACUGGAACUACUGGGCAAGUACAAUGAGCUGACAGUGGCAGAUAGCUUCUUUUCAAGUGACUCAAGGCUGCAUCAUAAGUCUGGAUCAUCUUCACUUUUGGUGCAUGUAAUGACACUCAUUGUCAUUUCUGCUGCAGUAUUUUUGCUGUGAGGUAGUUACACAUAUGACCACUUAGAAAUUUAAAAUUAGAGCAAGGUCUUAUAGUCUUUCGAAGAAGUUGUCCUAUUAUUAUUUGCAUGUGCUGCUUCAUCAGCAUGUCAGCACGUACGCAUAAGUCCUUCUGUGCAUGAUAUCUGUUCCUCAGCUUACCAAGUUGUGACAAAUUAUUUGUGUUUCAGUUAUAUCUUUAUAGUGUAUCAGGCUGUACAGAUAUCUCUGUUGUGAGGCUGACUAGCAUAACUUUUCCUGGAUUGGGAACAUUAUUAUCAUGUAUGAACAGUUAAUGAAAGUAAUAUGUGGACAUCACAUCAGCACUAUUACAUUUCUGCAGCAUUUAUAAAUAUUUUCAUGAAACUCUUCGGCUAUGAAGUUGUCGAACACGUUUUCCUGGAAGGGAGAAGGGCAAACAACUACAUAAACCAUCUCUCAUAUUGAUACUUUGCUCGGUUAAGAUAAAGCUGUUAAUAGAACUCACAAUUUCUUGGCAUUAGUGACUGUCUAUUUUUAAUCAGUGCAUGUGAUUUUGCACUUUUUAAAAGACUGGAAUAUGAUGUUAAAUAAGAACAGGAGCAGUUAGAUAACAUCAAGAGCAACAAUAAUAAUAUCUAUAGUAGCAAUAUAAAAAUAACAAUAGUUUUAGUUGUUGCUUUUGUUGUUGGUGGUGUUAUUAUUAUUAUUUGCAUUUUUUAUCUCAAAGUGAAAUUAAACGAAUGUGCAGAAUAAAAAUACAUGUUUAGAUAAGAUGUGCACAGUUACGCAAGGUGUGCAAACCUCUACUUUAAGGAUAAGUAAAGUGAUUUGUUUGUUCCAGUAGACAGCUCACUGUCUAGAGAAACCCAAUUACCUCAAAACUGAGACAUGUGAACAUGUUCAGAGUCACAAUGUGUAUAACAUAUAUGUAUUAUGAUUUUUAAAAUUGUGUAUGUUUUAAAUUAUUAUUUUAAGUUAUUUAAAUUAACUUUUGAACAUUGUAUCACUUAUUUUUAGACUUUUUCCCCUAUGCAAUAUAUAUAUUUAAUGGUGACCACUCAUAGAUUCAUGAUUCUGAUCAAUCUAAUCCACAUUAUCUAACCCUGUUACCCUAAGAUCCAUUAUCUUCCCAUUUAUGACUAGGUCUUAUAAGGAAAUGAGUUUCAAAAAUGUGUUCUUGGAAGUAUAGUUUGUAAUCUGAGUAGCUGUAAUGCUGUUAUUUAUGUGUGAAGUGACUUGGUCAUCAGUCUCAAGAACUGAUGAUAACAACAGUCUUUUCAGAUAUUAGAAAUACACUAAGCAUAUAACAUUUUUAUUUAUGAGAUUUGAGGUUGGUCUUGUGGGUUGUAACACCAUGAGGGCUUGUAUGUAGGUAUUAAAAUUUCAAUGGAAUGCGCUGCCUCUGAAACAUUGUUUCUCGCUUGCAAGUCCACAUGGCAUCACAAUCUGGAAGAUCAACAUUAGCAUAUGGUGAUUAUAUCCCCCCUCUCCCAAAAAUAAUAAAAAUCGUGCAUAAAUUUAACACUAUGAAGUACAAUUCCCAUUCGCUGUUAACUACCAUUCUGCUACUGUUGUAUUGCAGGUGAUAAACAUUGUUAAAAUUGUGAGGUUAAGAUUUUCUUAUUUUCUUUUAAGGAAUUAAAUAAAUUGUAUAUUGCUUUUUGAUUUUCUGA